CGAGUGCUUAUGUUUAAUAUCUUCACGAGAUUAAACGUAAAAAUCCCCUAUCAGGAUGGCGGCCGGAUCGGUCCAGUGAAAGGUCCCAAAGUGGCCCGGGCCGUGGGGGCCACACCUCCACUUCGACUAUAUAAGCUUGUGCACCACCCAAGCUCAACCAGAAACUCAACGAUCAAAGCAAACAUGGCAUUCAAACUUGUUGUCUUCGCCGCCUUCGUGGCCGUCGCCCGCGCCGGCGCUCCCCUCGGCUACGCUAGCUACGCCGCUCCCGCUGUCGGCUACGCCGCUCCCGCCGUCGGCUACGCCCACGCCGCCCCCGCCGUCUCCUACGCCCACGCCGCUCCCGCCGUCUCCUACGCCGCCGCUCCCGCCGUCUCCUACGCCGCUCCCGCCAUCGCCAAGUACGCCGCUGCCCCCGUGGCCUACGCCGCUCCCGCCAUUGCCAAAGUCGCCGCUCCCGUAGCCUACGCCGCCCCCGUCGCUAAGGCCGUCGUCGCCGAAGCCUACGCCCCCGCCCACUACGACUUCGGCUACGCCGUCUCCGACCCCCACACCGGCGACAGCAAAUCCCAGCAGGAAUCUCGUCGUGGAGACGUCGUCCAAGGCAGCUACUCCUUGGUGGAUCCCGAUGGCACCAAGCGUACCGUUGAGUACACCGCCGACCCCCACAAUGGUUUCAACGCCGUCGUCCACAGGGAAGGUCUCGCCGUCAAGGCCGUAGCCCCCGUCGCCAAGGUCGCCGCCCCCGUCGCCUACGCCGCCCCCAUCGCUAAGGUCGCCGCUCCCGUGGCCUACGCCGCUCCCGUAGCUCACGCCGCCUACGCCGCUCCCGUGGCUCACGCCGCCUAUGCCGCCCCCGCCUACGCCAAGGUGGCCGCCGCUCCUGCCUUCGCCGCCUAUGCCGCCCCCGCCGUCGCCAAGUACGCCGCUCCCGCUCUCUCCUACGCCGCUCACGCUCCAGCUUACUACCACUGCACAGUCGAACAGAAGAAGCAAGUGAACAACAUGGCAUUCAAAUUCGUCGUUUUCUCCGCCCUCUUGGCCUUAGCCCGUGCCGGCGCCCCUUUGGGCUACGCCGCCGCCCCCGCUCUCUCCUACGCCGCUCCAGCAGUCGCCUCCUACGCCGCUCCCGCCAUAGCCUCCUAUGCCGCUCCCGCCAUCGCCUCCUACGCCGCUCCCGCCAUAGCCUCCUAUGCCGCUCCCGCAGUGACCUCUUACGCAUCCCCCGGAAUCACCUACGCAGCUAAAGCAGUAGCUCCAGUCAGCUAUGCCGCCCCCGCCGUCACGUACGCCGCCCCCAUCGCCAAAGCCGUCGCCCCUGUGGCCUAUGCCGCCCCCGUCGCUAAAGCCGUCGUAGCUGAACCCUUCGCCCCAGCUCACUACGAUUUCGGCUACGGAGUCAACGACCCUCACACCGGUGACAGCAAGACCCAGCAGGAAUCUCGCCGUGGGGAUGUCGUCCAGGGAAGUUACUCCGUUGUGGAUCCUGAUGGUACCAGACGUGUUGUGCAAUACGCUGCUGAUCCCCACAAUGGUUUCAACGCUGUUGUCCACAAGGAACCUCUUCAUGUUAAGGCUGUAGCUCCUGUUGCCGCUCCUGUAGCGUACGCCGCUCCUGCUGUGGCCAAGGUUGCCGCUCCGGUUGCCGCCUAUGCGGCUCCUGCUGUUGCCAGUUAUGCGGCUCCUGCUGUCGCCAGUUAUGCCGCUCCUGCGAUUGCCAGUUAUGCCGCUCCUGCUGUAGGGUUGGGAUAUGCAGGGUAUGGAGGGUAUGCUGGAGGGUAUGCUGGGGGGUACUCUAAGGCCAUUUUUUAAAGUGUGAAUGUGAUAGCGUUGUGUGAAUGACGUCUAAAUUU